AUGCCAUCGGACGUCCAAGUUUUUGUGAAAUGGAAAGAUCAGCCCAUAUUCGCGGGGGAAGAUGUGGAAUGUACAAUAACCUUCAAGAACGUUGCAGAAGACCUCGGCGAACCCAACAAUGGCAGGCAGUUUCUCCAUCAAAGGAAGCAGUCCCGAGCUGCUAAUAUUACUUCUCACUCGGAGUCCUUCUUCUCGCUGAAAUCUCCGCAGAGCCUCUUCUUCAACAAUAACCGCCGCUCAUAUCUCACGAAGAAUCCACAUCACCGCCUCUCCUCGUCGUUGAGUUCCCCGUUGAUAGGUUCUCAUAGCUUCCCACCCCCCUCCACACCUCGAAAUGGGUCAUCCCAUGGCCAUAAGCAUAAACGCUCCGUUUCGAUUCUUUCGAUUGAUAGCGAAGGUGGAGGCGAUAAAACCCCUAGGACGUCCUCACAAUUCAGUCGCUCCCGGCCGACAAGAGGCCAUGGGCGCUCCGCGAGUUUACAAGUCGCACCAAGAAGAUAUGAAGCUUAUGAAGAUAUCUCCCACAAAGCUGGGCGCAAUCCCACUCGCGGCUUUCCUUCUCCCAUAACCUCAUCUUCCAACGGGCUGCAAGUCGACGUAGAUAGGUUGAGCAGAACCAGCCGCUCUGGAUCUGAAGCACCUAGUCCUAUUAAACCAACUGAAUCGCCACGCACACCCGCUCGCAGACCUCAACUACCGCCAAUAGAUUUCAAAUUCCCUCAACCUUCUGACACCAACAACCAUCAGCCCGAGGCGUCGCCUAUAGCAACACCAAUUGACAAAAGUGCUAGUUUAACAGUGGUGGCAAAAUCAAGCGGCAAAGAAACGUCAACUUUAGCUGCUCCAGGCCAACUGCCUCAACUGACGAAGAUUAUGUCGACCUCGAGCCUGAAUGGAAGUCAUAAGAGUAGUAGUGAAUUUUACUCAGCCGGUAACAAUUCUUCCGAGACUCUUCAGUCUGAAUACACAAAUUACUCACAUCCUCCCGGGCCUAAUAUUCCUCGUCACACGAGACAUAUGUCUAGCGUGGAGCACGCUGGCGUAUCUCACAAGAGUCAGGCAUUACUCAUGGGUUAUGCCCAGAUCAGCGCAUCGUUUACAGUUGAUGGCUCAUUAAUUAACCAGUCUGCUUUUGAUGAGGUGAAGCGGAAAGGAGUAGUCGGCGGACAGGAAAACACAAACACCCUUGCAGCCUCCAAAGGAAGACCUGCAGCGAGUGGCGACAAGGACCGUAAAGCCGGUGGGUUUUGGGGCGCAUUCAAAUGGAAUACUAUUGAGGAGUCCUUAAGUGGCCUUCUUUCCAACAAUGAACUUGACGGUUUAAGGGAUAUGCGGGGAGUUACCUCAUCGAAGUCGAUACCUUUAUUGUCAACUUCUCAGUCGCUUCUCUUUGUAGAUCUUCGACUGGCACCUGGGGAAGAAGAAUCUUACUCGUUUUCGUUUAAGCUGCCCUCUGGUCUCCCAGCGAGCCACAAGGGUAAAGCCAUCAAGAUCUCAUAUAAUUUGGUCAUUGGCACCCAGCGCCCAAGCAGGCCCAACGAGCCUCAACGGGUUAAUCGAAUUACUAUACCGUUUCGUGUGUUUAAUGGUGUCAAUGGUCAAGGGGAUAUUCUCGGUCAUGACCUGAUGAACCCUUACGUGCUUCUCCGUGACGAAGCCAAGGUGCAGAAAAUUGGGUCUACUCCUCCACCAUCGGUAAAACCCAAGAGUAUUAGCGGAGUGACUUGGAAAUCAGCACGCGACUUUUUGUCCUAUGUGGAUGAAAUCCUGGAGCAGCGUUCUCGCAGCAGUCUCCAGCCUCCUGAUGCUCUUUCCGAGAAGCGCCAAAGUCACGAUUUACCAGUCAGCCCACUAUCCUGCAAGGAUGCUAUUGACCUAGCGAUUCUCCGUAGCAACCAGGCAUUUAGCUCCUCGCGCAGCCCGAAUAGAUUCGAGAUUGCACGUAAUGGGUGCCGAAUCGCCGUGGUUGUUCUUAAUCGGCCUGCCCAUCGAUUGGGCGAAACCAUCAUUGCAACCGUGAACUUCGCAGAUGCCUCGCUUCCAUGCUAUGCAAUUAGGGCGACAUUGGAGUCCUCUGAGAAGGUGGCGACUUCGUUGGCUGUAAGGUCAGGCGCUAGCAUACGCCGGGCGACUCGUCGCGUCCAUGCAUCAUUCUUUGAAAAUACCCUCUACUCUACGCGAGUAGUUUUUAGCCCCGCUAUUCCAAUAUCCGCAACACCCACGAUACUGACUAAUGGAGUCAACCAUGACUGGGAGUUGCGGUUCGAGUUUGUGACGACCAGCGCACAUAAUACCCACGAAUCUAGUCCAGCUGGUAGUAGAUUACUUGAAGCCGUGCAUGAGGAUGAUCGUGGGCGUAUCAUGACAGCUUUGGAAACUCUGGGCUGUGAGUCGUUUGAAAUAUCGAUCCCUCUCACAGUUUACGGUGAAACACACAACGAGUUGUACGUGGUACUGAUCUAA